AUGCCUUGUACUUCUCUUUGUUUCCUUCUGCUUUGCUGCUAUGUUAUUAGCCCCUCACCUCAUUCUCUGUUGUUGUUUUUUUUCCUGUUUCUUCAACGCCACUCGAACAUGGGAAAGAAUGGGCUUUUACACUCUCACUUAUCUCCCCUCUUCACUCAGCUUAUUCGUUUAGCAACCCCUUCCGUUAUCCUUUUCCCUUUUAUCGGUCUGUAUGCACGCAUAAUUCUUUUUUUUUAUUGUUGGCUCGUAUAUGUGUUUACUUCUCUUUGUUUUUAUAUUAUUUUAUAUUAUACACAUAUAUACAUAUAUAUAUAUAUAUUUCCGCCUAGUCGGCUAGUGGGGAUGAAAAACAAAGCGGCAUCUCGUCGCGACGAAAAACUCAUCAAAGGGACUAAUAUCAUUGUUAAGAAUGUUUCCCUUAUUGACAAACAUAGGAACGAUCCUCAGGCACUGCUUCACUCCAUAGAAGCUGAUGACGCCGUUGAGUUGAGGUGGUGGAGAAACGCACUUCGCCCGGAAGCUAAUCUCAUUGAACCCGCUGUUGCGUACUUGCAGGGUAUUAAAGUUAUUCGACCUGCUACGAACUUUAAUACAUUUGACAUCAAAAAGGCUCGUCUUCGCCGAUUAGAAAAGCAGGAAAUUGAGAGAAAGAAAUGUCUUGAGAGGCGUAAAAGAGAUGUCGCUCCGACGGCUGCCAUGAAGGCAUCUGCCAAUCCGUACCGGGUCCCGCGUUCCGGUGGAUACAUAAAACAAAAGGACGACCGCAUCAUUCAGCGGGGUGAAAAGACCAAAAAAGCAGCCAAGAAAGAUAUCAAAGAGAGUGGUGGAAAGACUCAACGUCAUAAAAGUAACGGCGAGAAGGGGAAGUUGCAAAAGAUAGGCAAAGGUUUGUAA